AUGCCACCGAAAACAACGCAACGUCCCAAAUCUUUAAUUGCGACAGUGAAGUCCUUGAGCAAAACGCCUCAACUCUACUGGUUUCUAGCUCAUGUGCUUAGCUUGGUCAACUUUGCAGGGUCUUUUAUUUUUGGACUCUUUAGUCCAGCGAAAGCCUUGUCGUACUACAGGUACACGUUUUUCUUCCAAUUGAUUUCGUACGGAAUUGUUAUCAAGCAAGUCCACUUUUCGUCAAGUGCUGGUUCUAGAUCACAGCUCUUGAGAGAUGAGAAUGUCCAGUAUUUCUUGUUCGCGUUCAUCCUCUGGUUGGUGUCAUUCAAAAUCGGGACUUUGGCUGGUACUCCGUACUCUUACAUCAUAUUCCUGUUCUUCCAUGUGGCAACAUACUUGCAGUCACAUUUAUUGGAAUCGUUGCCUAUCCCUAUCGCAACUCAAGCAGCGAUCAGUUCGAGAAUUACCUACUUAACGACGAACUUCACCCAGCAAAGUCUUUACCUUGCAGCAACGAGUGAAGUAAUGAUGGUCGUGAACAUUCUUUGGCAGCUUCCUCGCCUUGUUAUCAAUCUCUUCAGAGAUCAAGUCUUCGCGGCUGUUCAUGUGUUCAGCAUAGUGGCAGUGAUUGUUUUCGUCAAGUUGAGAUACAAUGAGAACCAAACCAUGAAGUUAGUUGUGCAGCAGCUUGACGCAAAAGCAGCUGGUUUUCUUUCGAAUCCAAUGUUGCCUCCACAACUUCUGGUCUUCUACCAAACGACGUUCAAGCAAUUUGUUGCGAAGUACAUUUCCCCAAUCAAAGUGCCCACAAGAAGUGUGCAAAAGAAGACAGAAUAG